AUGGCUUCCAUCAAGAUGAACAAUCUCGCCCGCCUCCUCGCUCUCACUGGCGCCACGCUCGUCGCCGCCGAGAACAUGAUUAACCUGGCCCCUUUCUCCGACGAGGUUUACACGCGAAACGAGCCACCCCAGGAGCUUGCCUCCUCGACCGUUGAUGGCCGCUUCGUCUACGAACUCAACCUCUGCACCAUCGUCGAGUCUACCGCCUGCCAGGUCUCCAUGUCCACUGGCAACCCCGUCCCCGAGGAGCCCUCCUCCACGGCGGAUAGCGCGUCCCCUACCCCGACGGGCGAAGACGAGCCCACUGCUACCGACAACGGUGGUAACCUCACCUCUUCUUCCAGCAUUGAGGAUCAGCCCACGGCCGCCAAGUCCGUUGCCGACGAGGAGCCUACCGGCGGUGCUGCGAAGGCCAAGGUCUUCGACUACGGCGCCUUUGGCCUCGCGGGCCUUGCGGCUGCUUACCUCGUCUGA